AAACAUCCAUUCAUAGCCACCCUAAAUUGGUGUGAGCAGACAAGUGUGUAGUCUUCGUUCGUCUCAUUCCAUUACCUUACCUCAGUUGUACCCCACCUUCUUUCGGUCAAAGUGAUACGCUAUGCGCUGCUCACUUCUCAUCGCUGCGGCUCUGCCGCUCGCUCAGGGCAUCCGUAUUGUACAGAGCAACGACGAUGGCUGGGCGGAGAUCAACCUCAGGACAUUCUUCAACGUUCUUACCUCUGCCGGAAACCAAGUCGUGCUCAGCGGCCCAGCCGAAAACCAGUCCGGCAAAGGCUCGUCUGAUGCCGCACCGACGACUGUAGACUCCGAUGGCUGCCAGUUCUCCUCUUGCCCUGGUGGAAGUUCAGCAACAGGCGCUAAUGCCACCGAUCCCCGCCUAAACUACGUCAACUCCUUCCCGGUCACGGCGAUCAAGGCAGGAAUUUCGACCACUGGGCCAAAACUCUGGAAUGGCGCUGCCCCAGAACUCGCCCUUACAGGGCCCAACGUCGGCAGCAAUGUUGCCGUCCAAGUUCCCUUCUCUGGAACUGUCGGAGCAGCGGUCUAUGCCGCAAAGACAGCCAAAAUCCCCGCUAUUGCAUUCUCUGGUGUGAGUGGUGACCCGACUGCGUGGAACCAACCCACUCCGCUGUACAGCAAAAUCUACGCAGAUCUUGCUCUCAACGUCACGAACACCAUCAUCAACUCUGGAAAACCCUACCUCCCAGAUAACACCUGGCUGAAUGUCAACUUCCCGGCUGUGUCGAGCACCAAGUGCAAUAACGUCAAUCAGUUCAAAUUCAUCUUCACUCGCAUCAACACUGGUCUUAUUGGCAGUGCUGCCGACAUCACCAUUUGCGGAACGACAGCAAGGCUGCCUUGGGAGGCCGAUGUUGCUGUCAUUCGGGGUAACGACUGCUUUGUGUCCAUCUCUCCCGGUGAUGCGAACGACAAGACAACUGUAGCAGCUGCCCAGCAGCAGAUCAUCUACAACAAGCUGAAGCCGAUCCUGUCAUGCUUACCGUAGAUGUUCCUCAGAGGUCUGAAAUAACGAAGCUUGGGUAGAAGACGAGAUACAAAACAGAUCAAAUCCAAGUCAAUUCAAAAGUGACCGAGUCAAGUGUACC